AUGCAGCUAAGAAAGCAACACAAGCUCAUAAGCAAAAGUGUCUUCUACCACCAAGGAGUUGUCCUAAGGGCGUUGGCCUUGCCAGUGCCCUCCUGGGUGAGGUGAAGAAGGGAAGGAAAGACCUUAGAAACCAACGGUUGUGCCAGACAGCUCAGGAAAGAGCCACAGCCUAGAGACAUAGUGUCACCCUGGCAUUCAUGUCCUUCUCAGGUGGAGGGAGAACCCAGGAAAAUGGCUGCCGCUCACGAUCUGGAAAUGGAGAGUGUGAAUCUGAAUAUAGAGAGAGAGAUGAAAGAAGAGAUGGAGGAAGAGGAGAAAACGAGAGAGGACCGGCGAGGUCAAGAUCCUGCCAAGAGCAGAAAGGUCCACAGGAUUGUCUCGAAAUGGAUGCUUCCUGAAGCAGCCCGAGGAACUUACUUGGAGAGAGCUAACUGCUUCCCACCUCCUCUGUUCAUCAUCUCCAUCAGUCUGGCCGAGCUUGCAGUGUUUAUUUACUAUGCUGUGUGGAAACCUCAGAAACAGUGGAUCACCCUGGACACAGGCAUCUUGGAGAGUCCGUUUAUCUACAGCCCCAAGAAGAGGGAGCAAGCCUGGAGGUUCGUCUCAUACAUGCUAGUACAUGCUGGAGUUCAGCACAUCGUCGGGAAUCUUUUAAUGCAGCUCAUUUUAGGUAUUCCCUUGGAAAUGGUCCAUAAAGGCCUCCGAGUGGGCCUGGUGUACCUGGCAGGAGUGAUUGCAGGCUCCCUUGCCAGCUCCAUCUUUGACCCACUCAGAUAUCUUGUGGGUGCUUCAGGAGGGGUCUACGCCCUGAUGGGAGGCUAUUUCAUGAAUGUUCUAGUGAAUUUUCGAGAAAUGAUUCCUGCCCUUGGAAUCGUCAGACUGCUGAUCAUCAUCCUUAUAAUUGUGUCGGACAUGGGAUUUGCUCUCUACAGAAGGUUCUUUGUCCCUGCAAAUGGGUCUCCGGUGUCUUUUGCAGCUCACAUCGCAGGUGGAUUUGCUGGAAUGUCCAUAGGAUACACUGUGUUCAGCUGCUUUGAUAAAGCACUGCUAAAAGAUCCAAGGUUUUGGAUAGCAAUUGCUGCUUAUUUAGUUUGUGUCUUAUUUGCGGUAUUUUUCAACAUUUUCCUAUCCCCAGCAAACUGACCUGUUCCUAAUAUAAGGCAAUUAAUAAAAACAGCCACCUGGAGGGGGAAAUAUGGAAAACCCUAUGAAGAAACAGAGAAGUUCCAGAAAAGGUUAACAAUUUUAUGGAUGAAAAAACAGCACUCAACCCAUCAGUCUCAAGGACUGCCUACAAAAGGACUUUAGGUCUUAUGGAAUGGCUUCUGAAUUUAAAGAAAGGGAAGA